AUGAGAAAGAAUCAGUCUUUACCAGCGAAUGCGUCGUUGAAUCAUCAAAGAGUCCCCAAGACUGCCGAAGAAGAAGAAGAAGAGACCAUGAAGAGAAUCUUCGACCUCGUCCCCAGAAGAAGAAGAUCCCAUCGAGGACCCAAAAAAGAAACUCCUGUUUUCUCAAGAGUCCCCAUAAAGAAGAGAAUUGCUGACACAUACACGACGACGCCGAAAUGGCUUCUCCGGUUGAAGAAAGAGAUGAAGAUAGCGGAUGAUCCGAUGCUGAUCCUAGAGAAGACUCUGGAGCUGGACGAUGUCGACCCACGCGAAAACCGUCUCUUAGUCCCUUUCGAGAGCCUAAAACGAUCCGAUUUCCUGACGAGUGACGAGUUGAACAUCCUUGGAGACGAAAGCAUCAACAACGACGGGAGGAUGGGCGUGGGAGCGUUUCUCGUGGAUCAACGAACAAAGCAGUGGAGUGUGGUUUUGAAGAAGUGGGUUCUCACGACUGAAACAGGGGAAAUCUCCAGGAGUCUUCUGUUGAGUGGCGAAUGGAAAGAUGUCAUUGAGGCUAACGGGUUGAGAGACGACGAUAACAUCAGUCUCUGGUCUUUCAGGCGCCAUGGAAUCCUCUUCUUUGCCCUUGAUUUCGCAGGUGACGCCAUUGAUUUCUUAGAGUAG